GUUCAAAGGCGCACAGCUGCUGAUGGCGCAAAUAAAAUGGGUCAACACAGUGACCUCUAUAAAGAAUUUGCUAUCCUCACUUACUUGCUCGCUCUGUUCUACCAUCAUGAAAAAGCCAGCUAGUGGAGGAUGUUCUCACAUGUACUGCCAUGACUGCAUCAUGAACCAUUGUGAAGCUUUAGGUGAAUUUCGUUGCCCUGAGUGCAGACAUCCAUUUUGGAGAAAAGACUUGCACAUUCAUCAUGAGAUAGAUCAGAUUAUAAACUUAUGUGAAGAUGUGUUGCCAAAAUUUGAAGCAGAUUUCAAUGACACUAAUCCCAGGGACUGUUCAGAAGACAUUUUAGAACAGGAAAACAAUAAAACAGGAAACUUCUUAAAACAGUCUUCUUUGAGGGAGGAAGGGGGUGUUGAGAAAGAAACUGUUGCCAAUAUUGAUGUGGAUGAUGGUGUAAAUAUUUUAGAUGAUGAAAAAGCACCCUUAUUCCAUACACCUCCAGAUAAUGAUCAAGAUGACCCAGACUCAUUUGUUACUGCUAGUAAUGAAAGCCCCAAGCAGCCAGUUCCAAACACUGAUCUUCAACAUUCUGGUAUAGCUGGUUCCUCUUGCAGGACAUUGAAUUUGGAUCAGCAGCCAGAACAAUACUCCAAUUUAAAUUCUAUAUUUGAUGACUCAAAUGACGAUGCAGAUGAUCUUCCAGUAUUUGAUUUGAUUUUAGAGAUUAAAAGCAGUUCGGAAUCGCAUAGCAAUAUUGAUGCAGGUAAAGGUAAAGAUAUGCACAAGGUUUCAUUACCAACUACUCCAAUCGAAAAUGUGAGUCAGAAAUCUUGUCAUGUAAAACCUGUUGGAAGAACAUACUCCAUGAGAAAUAGGCAUAAAUGUCCCAAAGUACCUGUCCACAAUGUUGUAGAUGAUGACUCUCAGAUAUCAAACUGGCUUAAGAAUAGUGUCCUUUUUGAAGAGAUUGAUAAUGUUUUGGAACCAGGAAAUGACCAAAAAUCAAAAGCAAGAAGAACUAGGAAGAGCUCAUCAUCAAUAAAAAUUGAUGAACUUAUUACGGAUAGUGACAAAGGUUUAAAAGUUCCAACAAAAAAACUGGAGAGAAAAGAUGAUUUUAAAGGUUCAAUGAGCACAAGAAGUAAAAGGAGCAGUUCUUCCUCAAUAAAAAGUGAUCUUCCAAAAACACCUGUGAUUAAGAGAAAAAGUUCUGAAAACAAAGCAAAGCCAAAAAGAGUGAAAACAUCUCCUGCAACAAUUCCUUUGUCUGAAAUCAGAACUCCACAGGCAAUUAUCAAAACACCUCGUUCUAAACAAACAGCUGCAAGAACUCCUAAAACACCUACAUCGACUCCAAGAAACAAGAGGAAUCAGAAGGGUGAAACCUUACUUCAUAAGGCUGCAAUAACAGGUGAUUUUGAGAAGCUUAAGUCACUGUUGGUUGAAAACGAGAUUGAUGUGAACAGUAAAGAUAAUGCUGGAUGGACCCCUCUUCAUGAGGCCUGUAUCAAGAGGCAUGUUGAUUGUGCAAGACUUCUCCUGAAGCAUGGGGCCCAGAUUAAUGCUAAAGCAGAAAAUCAUGAUACACCACUUCAUGAUGCCUGUGCUAAAGAUGCUGUCGAUAUCAUUGAACUUCUUCUUGAAAAUGGAGCAUGUAAAAUACUUAAAAACCUAGAUGGCUAUACCCCUGUAGAUUGUGCUCAGUCAGAUAAAGCACUACAAUUACUGGACAAAGCAACAAGUGCUCAGAAUCUGUCUGUACUAGAUGAAAAUCAUCCUCCUGAAGAAUCCAUGGAGGAUGUCGUCAUAGCUUUUUCUGGAGUACCAAAUGCUAAAUUUGGAAAGUACCAGAAGAUGAAAGGACUGACUUUUAAAACAGUAGAAGAAGUGACAAACCAAGUUACCCAUUUAGUUUGUGCAAUAGACGAGAAUAGCUGUUGUAAACGUACAAUAAAGUUUAUGAAGGCUAUGGCACUGGGUGUAAUAAUCGUUUCAGUCAGAUGGUUGGAUGAGUGUGCCAAGUCAUCAAGUUGGAUAAAUCCCUUGGAAUAUGUGGUAAAAGGAGCUUUGAAUUCUGCCAAAGGUGCUCCACUAAAAUCAUUUUCAGAUCAGAAAAACGGUGUUCCAAGACUGUUUACUGGCUUAACCUUUUUCAUUGACAAUAAAAAUAAUACAAAAAAUCUCAGCAAGGAUGUUAUCUCUGAUUUAAUUCAGUCGGCUAAUGGCAAAUUGUUGAGCAGGGCCCCAAAAGAGCCUGCUUUAAAAAAGACUAAAGUAUACCAUGCCGAAGAAGACUCAAUUCUCCAUCCUCAGUCUACUAUCAUUAUUAGUGAGAGCCAAACAUCAACUGAAUUAUUGGUAAAAUCAACGAAAUGGAUCAUGGAUUGUAUUUCAAGUUACAUGUUGAUCGAACAAUGAGCCAUUAUUCAUUAAGCUAUCUUCUUUUUAAGAGUUUGUGAUAAAUUCCACUAUUCAUUUUGUAUUCAAUAGAUUCUAAUUGUUAUUUUGAAAUUUAUUUUUAAUCUUCUGACUGUACAGUAUAACCUCAUAUUCUUUAUCUUGGUACAGCUGUUUCCUCAAUAAUUACAUGUUUGGACGUUUGCAAAUAAUUUUCUUUAGCAGACCAAAUUAUUAAUUGAUCAUUUUAGUAUGAUUACAGUUCUGAGUUAAAAGCAUGUGAAUAUGUAGUAGCCUUUAGGUACAAACUCAAACCUGUAAUGUUUACAAAAUGCUGAAGCUUAAUUAUCAAAGUUUCUUACUAUAUACUGAUUAGCAUAGCCCUUAAUCAUGGCCAUGUUCAAUUUGCAUUCGUAAAAUACUUAACAAUAUCAGUAUGUAAUUAUUUAGUUCAAGGUUUUUUAUUUCUAAAUAUA